AUGGCUCUAUUGGCUUUGUUUAUUUUCUCUCUUCUCACUCAUCUCGUGGUUCUUCACUCUACCGAAGAAGGGGAACUCUACAACAAACACUGUCCUCCCGAAUACUGUAAUGAAAAAGUAGGCCAUAUCCAUUUCCCCUUCAAAAGUGAGACGCAGCCUCCUGAAUGCGGUUUGUUCACAGUUAAUUGUUCUGAUCAAGAUAAUCCGAGGAUCCAACUGAAAGAGAAAGGAUACUGGCAUGAAUUAGAGAGCAUCUCUCCAACAAACGCGAUUUCUAUAGAUGACAAAGGGCUUCAGCAGCGCUUGGCAAGCGAUUUCUGCAACGAUAAACUUUUCGACGAUUUGAGUCUUCCCACCCCUUCUCCAAUCUUUAAUGCAUCAGCGACGUACAGUCUCACCCUCUUCAAAUGCAGCAAUACCCACCUCCCCAAUACAGUUCUUAAAAGACACUGCGACAAUGAUAAGCAUACUUACUACUCUAAUUCUUCAGCAGGUGUAGUUGCUGGUCUCAUGGUUCUUCUAGUAGUCAUUAUUUGCUGCUUAGGAAUAAAGUUAUCAUCCUACAGAUAUAUCUUCUUCUGGAAGAAUCAAAGCCAAGAUCGUCAAACUGUUGAGGCCUUUCUCAUGAACUAUGGGCCACUUCAAGUUAGAAGGUAUAGCUAUUUGGAGGUCAAGAAAGCGACCAACUCCUUCAAAGAAAAAUUAGGACAAGGGGGCUACGGUAGUGUCUACAAGGGAAAAUCAAAUGACGGCAGUCUUGUAGCUGUGAAGGUCUUGAGCAAAUUAAAAGGUAAUGGAGAAGAAUUUAUGAAUGAGGUGGCAGCCAUUAGCAGAACUUCCCAUGUCAACAUCGUCUCCUUGUUGGGCUUUUGUUUUGAGGGUUCAAAAAGAGCUCUCAUCUAUGAAUUCAUGCCUAAAGGAUCACUUGAGAAGUUCAUAUUUGAUGCAAAUACCCCGAACAAAAAUCAUCACUUGGGAUGUGAAGCAUUGGACCGAAUUGCACUUGGCAUUGCUCGAGGGUUGGAGUAUUUACAUCGCGGUUGCAACACAAGAAUUCUACAUUUUGACAUCAAGCCUCAUAACAUUCUUCUUGAUGAAAAUUUCACACCAAAAAUCUCUGAUUUCGGCCUUGCUAAGAUAUGCAACAUGAAAGAGAGCAUUGUGUCAAUGGCGUGUGCAAGAGGCACUGCUGGCUACAUUGCUCCAGAAGUAUUCUGUAGGAAUUUUGGAGGGGUCUCACACAAGUCAGAUGUAUAUAGCUAUGGGAUGAUGCUUUCGGAGAUGGUUGGGGGAAGAAGGAACAUCAAUGCCGAAGCUGAAGAUACAAGUGAAAUAUAUUUUCCACACUGGAUUUACAAGCGUAUUGAACUUGAUGAAGAACUUGGUCUGCCGAGUAUCAUGAAUGAGGAAGACAAAGUAAGAGCAAGGAAGAUGAUAAUAGUGAGCUUGUGGUGCAUACAAACAGACCCUUCAAACAGGCCAGCGAUGAAAGAAGUGAUAGAUAUGUUGGAAGGCAGUGUUGAUUGCUUGCAGAUUCCACCCAAGCCUUACCUGUCUUCUCCACCAAAAUCCACGGCAGAUUCUUCUACUACGUUAGUAUCAAUACAGUAGAACUCUGUAUUUUACUUGGACGCAUGUAUGUUUUUUCAAGGGAAAUUGAAUAAUGAACAAUAUUGCUGUGAACUGUAUUAUCUAUGGGCUUUGUUAGGUCUGGAUUCAUUAACA